AUGUCAAGAUCAAUAGAGCCUGUACAAUCGCGCAGUGAUCUGGUUUUUUGGGUCACUACCAUUACCUUUAUUAUUACGAGCAUAUUUGUUGUAGCGAGACUGGUUUCUAGAUUCGGAAUCUUGAGAAAGAGAACUCAGGAUGACUGGUUUAUUGUACUCUCUUGGUUUUUUGCAUUUGGGUUAACUUUUUCGAUUGAUUAUGCAACAACUAAAGGCCUAGGAAAGCCCGAUCCUGAAAUCAAGAAAGAAUGGGGCCCUCACCUCAAAAAGGCGGAAUACGCGUUUACAGUACUUUAUAAUCCAUGUUUGAUGGCGACAAAGACCUCAAUCCUCAUUUUUUACUUACGUUUAAGCCGAAAUACUCAAAAGCUCCUGCGGUGGGCUUCAUAUAUCACCCUACUCGUCACGGUUUUAGACGGCAUCGUCCUUACUUUUGUCAAUGCAUUUCAAUGCAGCCCCGUUUCUGGUGCAUGGAGGACCGAUACGAAUGCCAAAUGUCUAUCGAUUAUCACCAUCUAUCUCGCAUCAGCUCCUGUGAAUAUCAUUACGGAUUUAGCCAUAUUGGUUCUACCGAUUCCUGUUCUCACCGGAAUGAACCUUCCCCAAAGGCAAAAGGCGAUCUUGGUUUUCACUUUCUCCUUGGGAAUUUUUGUUACAAUUGUUGACGUCGUCAGAAUCUAUUAUCUACAACAAGCCUCGAAUGACUUUCAAACAUCCGUUUUAGCCCACUCGCGGCUCGGCGAAGGAGACGAUUUUGCCUACAAUGCCUCGCUUGCAUUUAUGUGGUCGGCUGUUGAGGUCAAUGUCGGGAUCGUAUGUGCUUGCAUUCCUACCUUGAAGCCACUUAUGAAAGUAAUACUACCAGCGAUGCUUGCCGACCGAGUAUCUGGAAGAACAGGAUCGCACACCCGCACAGCAGAUAUCCUCGAGUCUGCGAGUCCACCUGUUGGUAGCCAGGGCCAAUUAGCCACUGUGGAUAAUCAUUUACCACCAAGAAACACCGCAUUGACAGAUAGUCCUCUAUCACCAUUGUCAGAUACUCACCCUGGAGGUUAUCGAGAAGACAUGGAGCAGCAAGAACUCAACAUGGCAGAAUUCUUAACGGCUCCUUCAGCUAUUGCCUUGGAAACCUUGCGACGAAAUUCUACAGCACGUACAGCCAACACCACUUACUUUGGAUUUGUCAAUAUGAGGGUACCAAAGUCAAUGAUGAAGACUCGUGGAAGUGAAGCUUUCAAAUAUUGCAUCAUGGUCACCAUUCUUUUUUUUCUUUGGGGUUUCUCGUACGGAUUACUCAAUAGAUUAAAUCGCGAAAUAGCAAUACUAGCCAACUACUCCGACAGUCAAACCAUAGGAUUAUCUGCCGCAUAUUUUGGAGGCUAUGCCAUUGGAGCCCUAUCAUUAGGACAAUGGGUCUUGAGACAUAGUGGUUUCAAAGCUACAUUCAUUACGGGACUUUGUAUCUACGGGACUGGUACAUUAAUGUUUUGGCCCUCCGCAGUUCUAACAUCAUACACCGGAUUCAUACUGUCCAGUAUUGUUGUUGGAUUUGGUUUAUCGAUUCUAGAGACCGCCGCAAAUCCAUUCCUGGCUCUAUGUGGACCAAUGCAAUACGCUGAAUUUAGAUUGAUGCUUGCGCAAAGUAUACAAGCCGUCGCAUCACUUGUGAGUCAAACUUUGGCGGAGAAAGUUUUUUUCAAUGGAGUACAAAUUGAGGGUGCGAAACACUUGACUUUAAUCGAUGUCCAAUGGGCCUACCUCGCGAUUGCCCUCUUUACCGUCAUCCUCGCUCUGUUCUUCUAUUAUAUGCCUCUACCCGAAGCUAGCGAUGACGACCUUCAAGCACAAGCGGAACUUUUCGAAAUAUACCCAUCAAGAAAGUUACCCUGGACAGGCACAUCAAUCAUUUAUACGACUCUUGCCAUCGGUGUUAUCGCUCAGCUCUGUUAUGUUGCAGCACAGGAGUGUAUUUCAGAAUUUUUUAAACCAUUAUUAAUUUCAUUUGUCCCUAGAACGGGUAGUUUUAAAUCGUUCUUCUCACUAGAUGACGAUGAAGAUUACCUACUUUUAGGUCAUGGACUCUUUGCCAUCGGGCGAUUUGUUUUCGCACCUCUUUGUUUAGUGGUCCCGCCACGAAUUCUAUUACUUAUUGCUUUGGUUUGCCUUACCAUAUUCUCAGCUUUUAUCUUCGCCAUCAACGGCAUAUCACAAUCUUUUCUUGCUGCAUCUUCUCUUUUGGUUUUUUUCUUUGAAGGUCCGAUUUUCCCAUUGGUCUUUUCUUUGACCAUUCGCGGUAUGGGAAAACAUACAAAGUGGGCAUCAGCUUGUGUAGUAGCAUCGGCAACUGGAGGAAGUGUUUUUGUUUUUGUUCUUUUUGGUGUGCGAAAAAUCCAUACCAUACAAUAUUCUUUUGUAAUUCCCUUUGUAUUGUUUUUGAUAGCACUUUUAUAUCCGGUGUAUUUGAAUUUUGGUGGUGAAGGUGUGAGGCAUCAAGUUGACCCAAAACCUGUGGUUAUGGGUGGAGUUUGGUCGGGCAGUGAAGAAAGUAGAGGAGCUGGACAGGUGUCAAGAGGCAAUGAAGAUGAUAGACCGGAUACGCCUCUUCGCAGGUUAAGUCGUAGAGUGUCUGUUUUAGUGCAGAAGAUGAGCCUUGCCGGGAGAAAGUGUAGCACAGAAUUACCUAUGGUAGAGCAUAGGGAAACGAGAGGGAGGAAGAACAGCAGUGAUUGA